AUGACGUCAUACUUGUUGACAAGGAUGCAGUUUGUUUCUAACACUCUUGCAAACAACACGUGUCAACCGAGAAGCAGUUUUAAAAUUAAAAUGUCUGACGUUGACGUCGAUCUGUUUAUAUCUUCGGUUCAGGAACACCGUUGUUUGUGGGAUACUAGUGACAAAACCUAUAAAGACAAAUUUAUAAAACAAGAAGCAUGGAAAAGCAUUUGUGAGAUCUUUUAUGUUGAUUACAAGGAAAAAAACUCAACCGAAAAAUCAAAACUGGGUAAUGAUUUAGUCAAGAAGUGGAAGGCCAUAAAAGAUAAUUUUGCUAAAUAUCAAAAAAAACUAAAAGAUGCCAAUCGAUCAGGAGCUGGAGCUGCAAAAAUUAAAGAAUAUCACUUGAAUAAACAAUUACAGUUUUUGAAAAAGGUUUCACAAAAUGCAACUGAUUCCAGUUUAUGUGUAGCGGAAGGAGAUAUUGAGAAUGAAAUAACGGCAUUGCCUCGUUAUAAAAGUCAACCACGAAAACGAAAGGCAGAUGAUAAGGAUGAUAUUGAAGAAGAUUUAUUGGCAAUAUUAAAAACACCGGAGAAUAGCCAUUUGCAUUUUUUCAAGGGGAUUUUACCAUCUCUACAAACGUUAAAUGAGAAUCAAACAUUGAUAUUUCAAAGUCGGGUGCUUCAAAUAUUAACGGACAUUCUUCAACCUUCAAUUCAUCAAAAUACACAUCACGGCUAUAAUCAAGAAUAUCAGCAUCAGGGUUAUAAUCAAGGAUAUUCAACUAUGAGAUACGAUAAUACGGUUCAGAGUGGCUACCACACUUCUACUCCUGGAAGUUCGAUUACUGAACAGAGGACUACCUCAUCAUCAAACCAACAACGUCCAAUAAAUUCACCAUUUUUACUGGACGAAACGUCAGCUACUUCCUAUGUUUCACAAGAUGAGGAGUUUGAUUUUUCUUAAAUUGAUCAUUACAUUUUUUAAGGCCUAUUAAAGUAUUC